AAGUGACGCGCACGCGGUGACCUUCAGAGGAGGCGGGCGGGUGUUGGGACAGGCCGCGCUUUCUCUUUCUUCCCGGUUCCCUCCGCUCCGGCUCCUGCUCUGCUCCCCGCCACCAUGCCCAGGGGCAGCCGCAGCCGCACGUCCCGGGUGCCGCCCCCCGCCAGCCGGGCCCCGCCGAUGAGAGCCGCGUCCCCAGCGCCGGCUCCUCGGGCCCAGGUCCCGGCCGCGGCUCCGCCUUCUGCCGUGGCGGCUCCGGCGCCGAGGCAGCCAGGGCUGAUGGCCCAGAUGGCCUCGACCGCCGCCGGGGUCGCCGUGGGCUCGGCCGUGGGACACACCAUCGGCCACGCCAUCACCGGAGGGUUCAGUGGAGGGAGUGGCCACGAGGCUGCUCGGCCUGAUAUCACUUACCAGGAGCCUCAGGCUGCCCAGCAGCAGCAGCAGGCUGGUCCUUGCCAGUACGAGAUCAAACAAUUCCUGGAGUGUGCACAGAACCAGACUGACCUCAAGCUGUGUGAGGGCUUCAGCGAGGUGCUGAAGCAGUGCAAGUUUGCUAAUGGUUUGGCCUAAGCCUGCAGGACAAGGCUGCUGAAGACCAUCUUUCAAGAACUGACCUAUGAAUGAAAAAAAAAAAAAGCUUCAAUAAUAAAGUUUAAAGCUGUCUGAUAUCUUGUUAGUUCAUAUAUUCACACUCAUCCUGCCAUAGCUGCCUCUGAUGUGAUACAACUUAACAAACAGCCGCAGAUUAAUUUAGCACAAAAUGGAAGAAGGAUCAAUAAAGCAGAAUGAGCUAAUGUGAGUUCACUGGUUUGCUGCUCGUGUUGGAUAUAUGUGAUAUGGUGUAUGAAUAAACUUCUCUCUCCAGAAGUA